CAAAUAUGGCGUCCCAGUGAGGCACAUUUGUCUUCGAGAGAUUUUAAUGUUUGAUUGUUUGAAAAUAAGUCCAUGCCUUAAUAACAUUACUUACGAAGUAUUCGGCAGCUCUCGCGUCUUGUAUCUUCUCCUGAUCGCUAAGGAAAGAUUCGUUGUUGAUUGUGUAUGUCGAAGUGGUCUUGACUUAUUAAUUUCGACUACUUAACAUGAGAGUAUGUCUGCAACAAUUCUUUCAAUUUGUUCAACUUUGAAGAGGAUAGCUUGCGGUGAUGUUGGCGUAAAAUUUGCUUAGCUUUAAUCUGAAGGAACAAAUACUGGAAAAGGAACGUAUCGAGUACAAUCAACACGUCGAUCAAGUUUUCACAUCAAAAAGUUAAAUUGACAGAUCUAAUUUGGUCUUUUUUAUUAAAAAAAAAUCUACUUUGGUUUCAAUCGAGAUUUAUUCCACUUUUACGUGAGGAACUACGCUUCUUGGUGAAGCGUUCGGUAUAAUGGCACAUCUACUUGGAAGUGAAGCUUGUUUAGAGAGCUUGAAACAAGACGUCAAUGACGUGCAAACGACAGUAAUGGAUUUAUUAUCCAGAGUAGGACAUUUAAGAAGUCCAUCAUGGAAAUAUCCCGAUAAGGUAGCAUGUGAAUUGGAUAUUGAUGAACUACUGGAGAGAUAUUCAUAUUCCAGUGAUGAAGAUCACUGUAAACUGUCACACAUCAUUCUUUUUGAACUUCUGAUUGACAGGUAUUUUUUAUACAAUUAAUAUUUUAUAAUAACUAUGCGUACAUUUUGAUUGGUUCCUACUUAUACUGUAUUGGACAACAGAGGCAUAAGUGACAUCACAAUUGGUAACAUUUCCUUUUUAUCUUAUAAAACAAAUUUCAAUGUUGCUAAGGGUCUGUAAUAGAUCACAGUGGACGUCAAAUGUGGUAGGAACAUCAAUGACACACUCGCAUGCAACUCAUGUGCCACUUUUGUUGUUCCUACCAUAUUUUGACAUCACCUGUGAUCUAUUACUGUAAAGAUGCACAGCAAUGUGAAAUCUGUAUGGUAGCAUUUGUUUAGAUUUAAAAUUCAAUAUUUAGAAUCUUUUUCUUAUUGAGAUUUCUGGGUGGAUUUAGGCUUUGGGCACAAACAGUCCAUAGGUUUUGAGGGUGACAGUGGUUGGAAAUACCUUAGGGUGUGGAAAUUAAAUUUGAGCAGAUUUAAGCUAGUUUCCCUUUUAAACAGUCCGAACUCAUGUUUCAUCAAAAUGUUAUUCUGAUGAAGACUUUUGCUUCCUAGGUUAUUGUUAUUAUAGAUAUAGGUUAGCUUGUAGUUUUUAGCCCCCACUAUUUAUAUUAUUUAUGCUAAAAUUGAUAAAUGUGGUAACAAUGAUAAUAAUUAUGUUAUUAUUACUAUUAUUAUUGUUGUUAUUGUAAUUAUUGCUACUAUUAAUUUCUGAUGUUUAUUCAGAAAAGGGCAGAUUAACUUUUUCAUAAUCUCAAGAAUGCAAAAACGAUCUGCUGAUUGACUUUUCUCAACAGACUUGUUCUUUUGCUGCAAUGUAUGGCUCAGUUCAGUGACCAACUGUUGACCUCAUGUGAUGGCAGGCCUAGUAGUGGUAAAAUAUUAGGUUCCAGUAUGUCUAUUGGACUGGUAGCCAAAAAGUUUUGGAACAAACUUGUUCAUGUGCAGCAAACCAUCCAGAAACUCCAGACUGAGGUAAGAAUCAUUAAAAAAAAUUGGCAAAUUUUUCUUUGAUGUGUUUUCAGAAUCAUAAAUAUUGUUCUGUUAGGUAUGUUGGCAAAAGUUGGGCUCUUAAAGUAAAAGAAUGCAUAUUGAGAUAAAAAUAGACUUUGUAGGAAUUGGAUGGAACAAAUUAAUUCCCAAAAUGUGGAUACCUUCAGUAGUUGUGAAGAACAACUCCCCCAAAAAAAUCUGUCGACCGACAGGAGGUCAACAGCUGCUAAUCAUAAAUUGUAUUAUGUUAUUUAUUGUCCCAACUUCAGCAGACCUAGAGGUUACAUGAGAUGGGAAGGUGUAUCCUCUGACAACCUGGCCAAGUUUAGCACACAACAAUCCAUUGCUUAAUUUAUAGUGGCCACAAUGACCUAGCACUACAUUUUUAUAUAGUUUUUGCUUACUUUCUCCUCAUUUUUUGGGUACUGAUUUGCUUGAUCUUGUAUUAAAAAACAAAAGAUGAGAAAUGACAUAUUGAUCACCUUUGAUAAUUUCAACUUAUGGAAGUUGAUUUAUGUUUUCUAGAGCAAAGCCAAAAACAAAACAAUGUCCAAGAUGGAAGACACGAUAACAGAUCUGCGGAGUGAGGUAAAACUCUUCAAGCAAGCAUCAGAUAAAAGAUCAGGCAAAUCUUCUGUUGUCCAAGGCAAAAUUGAAAGCCAAAGUGCUAAUAGGACUUCUGUGAAGUUCAUUCUCUCUCCAUCAGAGGAGUUAUCUCUAGAAAGUUCUACACCCUCAAAGGAACUUACCCUUGCUGUAGAAGAUGUUACUAAUGCAAAGACUUAUCACGAGUCAUCAACACAGACUUAUGACACUGCAUUUAUUCCAUGUGAGGCUUGUGCUAGAACACAACAAAAUCUUAUUGAGGUUGGUAGCAUGGUGAUAAAAGUAUGUGAAUCUCAAGGACUUCCAUCUUCGCUGGCAAAGCAGAAAAAACUCUUGCGGCAGUCGCUAAUGGCUGCUGCUGAUGUGUCCAGGUGGGCAUCUGAACAGAGCCAUGAUCUUGCAAGAAUUAAUGAUCACUUGGAUAAUUUGUAUGCACAGAUAAAUCCACUGGAAGAUAAACUUAGUAGGUCAAAACAAGUUUGUGCGCGACUGGAAAAGCAAAUCCAAGACCUGGAAAAGCAGUUGUUAGAUAAGGACAGUGAAGGUGAAAAGAAAGAAACGGACUUUAAAGAGAAGCUUAAACAAGUUGUUGCUGAGAAAGAUCUGCUAUUAUCUGAUGCAGAAAAAGUGAACAAUGAACUUGUGAAGGGAAAAGAUGUCCUUCAGGGUAUGGUGCUCAAACUGGAGGAAAAGAAAAAGAAGUAUAAAGAAACAGUUAAAACUCUAGGUAAGUAUGCAAAGACGAAUGACAAAUUUACCAAGAGUUAAACAGCAAACAACAUGGCUGAUUUUGAAAUAAGGAAACGAGAUGUAGCCAGUUGACACAAGACAACACAGAAAAUUGAUCAGUGUGGCUUAUUUCAUGUUUUCUUUUCAUCCAGGUGAAGAAAACAGCAGGUUGUUAACAGAGUUAGAUAAGGAGUCUAAGGAGGUAGCAAGAUUAACAGUGGUAGAGUCUGAAGUACAACAACUGAAGGUAGAAAUGGAUGACUUACAAGUCAAACUAAAAAACACUUCUAUUGAAUUGGGAAAAACACAGGCCAGGAACAAGACCUUGGAGAAACACGAACAGGUUAGAUAUGCAAGUUUCUAUUGUUAGUGGAGGUGAUAAGAUUAACCACAGGUGUACAUGUAACUCUUAAACUUAUAGCUUGGAUUUAAUGUGAAAAUGAUGUUAGAAAUCCAGGCUGGAUGGAUUUUAUUUGAACUUGUGCAUAGCCUUUUGGCUGGGGAAGCAGCUCUCUUAGUCCUCAGUUGGAUGUGUGCCACAGAGUGCAAAUGAGACCAUAGCUUUUCUUUAUUGAAGAAGUGUUGGCUCAGUUCUUUUAGUUCAGAGCUCUAUAUUGACAGUUCCUGGUUUUUACCCCUGGUUGGCUUUAUGUGCAAUAUGCUGGGUUCAGGGUUGAUUUAGAAGGAGCUCAUACUUGAUGAUGUAGAAACAGGGAUAAGGUUGUAGCAGCCAGCUGUUUUAGUGAGUCUCGUGUGCAAACAUUGAUUUAAUUUACUUCCUGAGGCUUUGCAAAGCAAACAUGAUGCACUUCUUAAAAGAGUCGAUAAUCUGGACAAUGAAUGUGAGGAGCUGCGUGACAGAGUGCUUGAGGCGGAAGGAGAGAGAGAUGAACUGCAAGGAGUGAUGGAAGGUUUGCAAACUGAAAAGACAAAUCUCUCUGAAGAGCUUGAUUCCAAGCAGGUAAUUUGUGGCAUUUUGUCUUUUGUGUUAGUGGCUUUGGUUAAAAUUAUUUUGUCACUCUGUGCUGGGUGUUAAGUUUAAUUCUCUGUAAGUGGCCAGUUCUCUGUAGCAGGCACUUUUCAUAGGCCUCAGGGUGUGGCCAUAAGCAAAAGGUGAAAUAAAGAAAGGGAGAGUUUCCUAUUCGUGGUCAUCUACAAAAUUAUUCAACAAUGCACCUCAUUUUACGCCAAAUUGUCGGCCACGGUUAAAAUUUGAAAACUUGGAACACAACACUAAGUACCUCCCUUUCUGUUUCUACACAGAACCUUCUGGAAGAACUUAGACUUGAAAAGGAAAAACUUCUGCAAGAAGUGGAAGAAUUUGAGGCAAAGACGAACGAACUUGAACAGCAGCUGAAAGAAAGCGAAGAAAAACUUCAACUCGUGGUAGAAUUUCCAUCCAUUGAUUCCAAACAGCAGAAAUCUUCCUCGUCAGACAAAGAGGUGAUGUUUAAUGGGGAAGUUCCUUCAGAAGCAGAGGUAGCUAAAGAUAUGGAGAGACAAGUUAUGGCCAACAAUAUCAGAAUUAUGACUCUUGAGGAACAAAAUGAAAAGUUGAGGAAGUCUAUAUCUUUCUUGAUGAACGCUCGAGAAAACAUCUCCAAGAAGAAGGUAAGUGGAAGACAAUACUAAACAGUCUCCAUCUCCCUCGACGCAAACUCCCAAAGAUUUUCCUCGAAUUUCGUGUGAAUGGGAUAAUUUGGUCUUGUCAACAAAAUUGUUAAUGUAAAUUGGCCACCAUGAAUAGUUUCUAAAGCUAACGUUUUGAGCGGUAGCCCUCGUUCUCUCUCAGUGCGAAGAACGAACGGCUUCGUUAAAAUGACUAAUAAAGAAUGUCGCAUGCGAUUAAUUUAUCAUAUCCGAAAAUACACUUACCUACCUCUUGUGGUUGCACGUGUUUUGUCAGUUGUUUUUUCUUGGCAGCUGUUGUCGCGACUUGACGAUCAAAACUGAUGGAGUAAUUGUUCGUUUGAAAGUGGAAAAACAAGAACUUUUUCCCUUUUCGGUUUUCCUUGAAUAUUUUCUGUGAUUGGUUAAAACUCUUGUUAUCUUACUCAACCAAAUCAUCCCGGCAAAAUCAAUCCACUCGCUACUUAGUCACACGCGUCUUGUUUUCCCGCGCUUUGCAUCGGUCAUGUGAAUUUUCUUUACGCUUCUAUUGGUUAAUCGCACAGUCAUCUUCGUUGUGAUAGGCUGUUGUAAAUGCCUUAGUGUUGUGUCCCUCCCUUAUUGCACUUCCUAUUACAUGAUAGGCUCAUUAACAUUCAAACAGCUUACCACGUUCUCUCGUUCUCUCUCAAUGUUUCCAACUUUCUUUCCAAACUGUCAAAAAUUCGUAAUAUUUUUUAGGUACAAGAACCUGUUCCAUUGUGGAAGCAACACAGUGACGAACCAGGACUAAUAGAAGAUCAGAGAGAGUUACUCAGAAGGUUCUGUUUAUUAAGUAAUAUUACAGAUCUCAAAAGCAAGUUCACGACAAUAUUUAGCUUGGAAUUAUUGUAGCGAACUGAUUGUUUCUUUCCAUGUCAAAUUCUUGUUUUUGAUACUUUGUAAUAGCAGCUCUUACCGCCAUACUUUACUUUUUUUUCAAAAAAGUUGUCUUUACAGUAAACCCAUGUUGUAACUGAUAAAGCUUUUUCCCUUGAACGUCUUUUUCCAUUCGCAGGUCUCCUGUGCAGAAUUUUUAUGAAGGAAACCCAAAUGUUUCUCACAAACGCCCUGCAUCUGCCAUAAGAGAAGGACAGUGGUCGAACUCAGACCACUACAUGUCAAACCAAAUACAGCCCCGCCCACCUGAGAAACCUAGAGCCCAGUCCGCGAAGACAAGGACGAAGGCAACAACCUCAAGAUUUGCCGAGACUAAACAAAGUGCUUCAUUGAGUGCGAAACUUGCUGCUAGCGGGAAACAUGCAACCGGCAUUUUGGGAAGACUAGCAGAAGGACACACACUGAGACAUGAAUGGGAACAUUCUCCUGCCCCUACCCUGGACGUAACAGCCCGUGAGGGGAGGGUUGGGCGUGAAAUUGGACGCACGAGCCCUACCUCGACACGGUACACGCCUAUGAACGUGUUUGUUUGUAUGAGUUGUGAUAAGAUGUACAACACUCAGAAAGAUUUGGAUAUCCAUAAAUCUUUUUGUUACGGUGCAGUGAAUGAAAACUACACGUGA